AUGCUGAUAAAAAGCUCUUCGCGCCUGGUGUUCAACGCAAGAGCUGUCUGUCGAAAUGCUCCAGCUGUUCAAUCCAUCGCUCGCCGAAGCCUCCAUGACAAGGCACAAUCCAGUGGCCCAAGUCCAACGGUGGCUAUCAUCGGCUCCGGACCUGCAGGUUUCUACACAGCUCAGAAGCUGAUGCGAACACUUCAUGGAACCAAGGUCGACAUGUACGAGCAGUUGCCCGUACCGUUUGGUCUGGUUCGAUUUGGUGUCGCCCCAGACCACCCCGAAGUCAAGAACUGUCAAGAUACCUUCCAGGAUGUCGCGGCUUCUCCCAAUUACACCUUCAUUGGCAAUGUCCACCUCGGACACCAGCUUCCUCUUCCGCUCCUGGCCAAGCACUACGACACAAUCGUCUUCGCAUACGGUGCCUCUAAAGACCGCAGGCUAGGCCUCGAAGGCGAAGACAAACCACACAUCUACUCUGCCCGGGCAUUCGUUGGAUGGUAUAACGGUCUCCCAGAGUAUCGAGACCUAAGUCCAGACCUGCAAGCAGGAGAGACCGCCGUUGUAGUGGGUCAGGGCAAUGUUGCAUUGGAUGUCGCAAGAACAUUGCUGAGCAAAGUCGAGGAUCUGAAGAAGACCGACAUCACCGAAUAUGCCUUGGAAGCUCUCUCCCAAAGUAACAUCAAACAUGUACAUGUGGUUGGUCGACGAGGACCCAUGCAGGCAGCUUUUACAAUCAAGGAAGUCCGGGAACUCCUCCACCUGGACGACGUCAACUUUACUCCCAUCCCCGAUGAACUCUUUCCUCUGGAUCUGAAGGCGUUGCCCAGGCCAAGACGUCGACUACUUGAGCUUCUCAAAAAAGGAAGUCCGCCAAAUGAGAAAGCAACAAAGUCAUGGUCUCUCGACUUUCUACUCGCCCCAAAGAGUUUAAAAUGGGGAGCGGAAAACUCCAGGAAACUUGAAGGUGUUGUCUUUUCCAGGACAAAGCUCGAAGAUCCUAAUUCUUCGGAGUCGAAAGUCUCUUCUACGGACGAGACCGUCACUCUACCCACAUCUACUCUCUUCCGUUCCAUUGGCUAUAAAGCAGAAGCAAUACCUGGCAUGGAGGAACUAGGGGCGAAUUUUGAUGAAAGAAAGGGCACAGUAGAACACGAUGGUACUGGUCGAGUUAUUCCCAUAGAAACGGUUCCUCUCUCUGGCAGUGGCACCAGCAAAAGGCCUAGCCUUUACUGCAGUGGUUGGGUGAAACGGGGCCCUACUGGUGUCAUCGCGUCCACCAUGACCGAUGCAUUUCAAACCGCCGAAGCCAUCAUCGCUGACUGGAAAAAGGCCUUUCAUAAUGACGAUAUCUCAUCUGUUGCUCAGCAGAAUCUGGCACCCGAGAGAUUGGGGUGGCAGGGUGUGCUCAGGGAUGCAAAGACGAUGCAGAUCGACCUCGAACCCGUGCACUGGGACAAUUGGCAAAGUAUUGACAAAGAGGAGAGGAGAAUUGGUGAGUCGAGAGGUAAGCCUCGAGAGAAAUUCAGCAGCGUCGACGAGAUGCUGCAGGUUUCGGGAAAGUGA